AUGGUGCGGCGAUCGACGGGCGUGAUGCUGGUGAUGGAUCCGUGGACGGCCAAGAUCUUGCACGUGAGCGAAGGGGGAAUCGCGGCGCUAGGAUACAGCAAGGCGGAGCUGAGGGAGCGCACGAUCUGCGACCUGGCGGAUGGGCUGACGCUCGUGGAGUGGUCGAAAGCCAUUGGCGGACUCGCCAGCCAGGAGGCGAGAAGAGUGGUGCUUAGGUUCCGUCUGUGCAAGACCACGGACCGCAAGGCCGCACUGCUAGGGCAGAAGGAGGGAGCAGCGAAAGGGGCGACGAGUGGCGAUGCUGGUGCUUCUGGUGGUGCGUCUGCUACUGGAACUGGUGGAGGGGCCGGUGCACGGAGGAAGGCGGAUGCUGCUACCAUGGCUGCUGUGACUGAAUCCGUUCUUGCCCUCAACAGGGCGCUGAUGGAUGCAGCAGGGUUGGGAACGGUGACGCUGGUGGCAGCAACGCGCACAGUGGCAGUGAGCAACGAGGGCAUGGCGGCCAUGCUGGGGCGCGCCAGGGCGGACGUGGACGGGCACUGCUUUGCGGACCUCGUGGUUGAAGCCGACCGACCCAAGUUCGAGGCCUGGUUGGAUCGAGUGUGCAAGAAGGCUGAGGAAAGCCAAGCUUCUGUCGCUGCUACUGCAGACUCUGCAGAAGCAGGGAAAGCAGGGUCGGCGGUGCCUGAUGGUCAAGGGGACAGCGCAAUGGAAAUGCUUGGCACUGCUGCUGCUGCUGCUGCUGCUGAUGGUGCUGCUGGCAAGGACGUGGUGGCGCUGCUGGUGCAUGAUAUCACGGGGUGCUGCCGGCAUGGUGAGGAGAUGAGGGAGGCCAAGCAGGCAGUGCAGGAGGCAGCAGUGGAAGGCAACAAGGAGUUUUCUCGUAUUGUGUGCCGGGAGGUCGGCACUGCUAUCAAUGGUGUGGUGGGCAUAGCGGAUCUACUACUGGACACGGACUUGGCGGGCGAGCAGCGCAUAUUCAUGGAGCUCAUACUGGCCACCGCGUCCAACCUGCACACCGUGCUCGCCAACCUGCUCCUCUCCGCCGCCACCCACCCGCCGCUGCCCGCCGCUGGGGGCUUCUCCAAGCCCUCGCUGCACCUCGCUGCACAGGACGUGGACCUGCACCGACAGGUGCGGGAGUGUGUACGGCUGGUGGACGUGGUGGCGAAGGAGAAGGGGCUGGCGCUCAUGUGUGGGAUAGACUCAGCGGUGCCGCGCAUGGUGCUCACAGACGCAGUGCGCCUCAGACAAGUGCUCAUGAACCUGCUCUUCAACGCCCUCCACAACACCACCCGGGGCGACAUCACAGUGAGUCUGCGCCUGGCGUCGCGGUACGAGAGGGAGCAGGUGCAGGAGCGGCGCCGGGAGCACAAGGCGCAGCAGCGCGCCCUCCUCGGCCCCGCUGCUGCUGCCUCCACUGCCGCUGACGACGACGACGAGGAGGACGCAGACAGUGCUGGCGCGCUGCUGCUGCGCUUUGAAGUGCGGGACUCGGGGACGGGCAUGCCGCCUGCCAUUAAAGACGAGCUCACUGCCAUGUUCGCCUCUACCCUCCCAGCGGAGUCAGUGAACGGCAUUCGGGGCACAGGUCUCGUACUCGUGAAGAAUCUCCUCGACAUGUUCGGGGGCUUCUUGCGCUUUGACAGCGACGAGCACCGCGGGUCGUCCAUGGUGUUCUUUGUGCACGUCGCCAUCCCCGAGGUCAUGCUCACGCCUGCCGAGCUCAGCCCGCACCAGCCCCCGGACAUGGCGCUGUGGCGCCGACUGGCAGACAUCCGCGUGCUGCUCGUUGACGAGGACAAGAUGAGUGAGAUGAUCGCAUCCAGUGUGUUCCGCCAUCUGGGUCUGCCCAUGGACACAGCCCACACUGCCAUGGACGCUGCCUCGCUCUGCCACAAGUACAAAUACGACCUCAUCCUCAUUGACUGCAACCUGUCGGGCAUGGAUGGGUUUGACACAGCUCGGCUGCUGAGGGCGCAGGAGAAGGAGGGUGCGGGGCGGGCGGGCGUGUACGAGCGCAGCUGCAUGGUGGCGCUCACACCCGGGGUCACCACGAGCAGCGAGGAGGAGCAGCAGUGCAUGCGCGCCGGCAUGGACUACUUCAUCCCCAAGCCCGUGCGACUCAAGGACCUACAGACGGCUGUCAGGCAUCGACUGAACAAGCUGGAUAACGGCGCCACGCUCGUGCAGUUCUGCUCCGUGGAUGACGACGACGAGGAGGAAGACGACCAAGGCGACAAGCACAGGAACGAGCAGCAGGAGAUGGAAGAGCGGCGCGGCCGCAAGUCAAAGUCCAACCGGCGCAAGCACGCGCAGCGCAGGCGCUCCCACAGCAGCGGCUCAAGCCACACAGAGGAUGAGGAUGAGGAGGGGGAUGAGACAGAGAGCGAGCAUCCUGGGGACAGCACCACGCCGUCACUCACACCAGAGGCCACCACGCCUGUAUCAGCUGCCAUGGCUGCUGCAAUGGAGCUCCACCUUCCCCCCGAGGAAGCCC